AUGGGCUCAACACAAUAUGGAAACUUUGGUGACUUUUGCAGAGACUCGACUCUACCUGUGUGCAAUAUCGUAACGAGCGUACCCAACCAGCCACCCGGACUUCCCUUCGAACCUGAUGCCUGCGUGCUUCGAGGCAUAUCCCUCAGCAAUGACAGGUACCUGGCCAACCUCGGCUCUAUCCUUGUGGCCGGACUCGCCAUCAUUCUGACUCUCGGAUUGUUAUGGCGAACUGAAAGGAAAGCAGCAGCUGUUGGCAGGAGAGAGAUACAAGUAUUUCUGCUCGGUUAUCUCGUCAUCUCGCUAUGCGAAAUCUUCUCCCAGGGCCAUUUCCCUCUCAAUGAUUCCGCGCGCAGAGGUUUUUCAGCGGCACAUAUCGCUGCUAUUACUGCAACAACAUGGGUUCUCCUAAUGAAUGCCGCCGUUGGCUUUCAACUGCUCGACGAUGGGACCGUUGCUUCGCUGGCCUUGAUAAUGGGAAGUGCUUUGGCGUUCUUUGUCGGCACAGGCUACAUCGCUCUUGACACUGCAUUCAACUGGACCGGUUACUGGAGCUCUACCCUCGACAAUCCCGAACACAGGAGCAUCGCUCUCUACACCCUCUAUCAGCUUGCGCCACUCGUCUUCCUGUUCCUCUUCUUCGUCCUCGAGACUAUUCUGGUGCUCCGCAUCUUGGGUGAGGUGCGCCCAAUGAUUUAUCUCGUCGCCGCAGCUCUUCUGUUCGCCAUCGGCCAGAUCUUCCAAUACGUUAUUUCCGUCCAUAUUUGCAAGCCCACCAACGGCGCGAUCGAUGGCGCCUUCUUUUCGAGCCUAUUCACUCUCCUAUCUGUGAUCGCAAUUUGGGUCUUCUGGUCGUCCAUAACAGAGGACGACUGGCCAAUCACUGGUUAG